AAAGCUCACUUCCUCUCUUUUUUCAAGUACCGUGGACCACACCUAAAAACGACACAGAGACACAGAGAAUUAAGGAUGUUGGAGCUGUGGCGCAAGCCACUCCAGAUGUGCUUUGGUUGUGGACAAGGAGGGAACGAUGAUAGGCUCCUCUGGGACAUGGACUUGAAGCCCCAUGCUUCAGGGGACUAUUCAAUUGCAGUGGUACAAGCUAAUUCAACCUUGGAAGACCAAGGACAAGUGUUUACCUCUCCCUCAGCAACUUUUGUUGGCGUAUACGAUGGUCAUGGUGGACCUGAAGCUUCUUAUUUCAUCACCAACCAUCUCUUCUCCUUCCUUCAUGAGUUCGCUUCAGAGGAAGGUGGUUUGUCGGAGCAAGUGAUAAAGAAGGCCUUUGAUGCAACUGAAAUGGAAUUUUUGCAUUUAGUGAAGCAAUCGUGGACUGCACGGCCACAGAUUGCUUCAGUGGGUUCGUGUUGUAUUCUGGGAGCAAUUUCAAACAGCGUUCUUUAUAUUGCUAAUCUCGGUGAUUCGAGGGCAGUUCUGGGUCGGAAAGCACUGGGAGGAGAGGUAAAUUGUGCUCCUGUUGUGGCAGAGCGUUUGUCUACUGAUUAUAAUGUUGGAGUGGAGGAGGUCAGAAAGGAGGUUGAGGCUCUUCACCCUGAUGAUGCAGACAUUGUCGUUUACACUCGUGGAUUUUGGCGAAUCAAGGGCAUUAUUCAGGUGUCAAGAUCAAUUGGAGAUGUUUAUCUAAAGAAACCCGAGUUUGACGAUAAUCCUCUGUUCCAACAAUUAGUUUGUCCAGUACCUUUAAAGAGAUCUGUAAUGACAGCAGAACCAUCCAUAUUGACGCGGAAAUUGAAGGCAGAAGAUUUGUUUUUGAUAUUUGCAUCAGACGGACUUUGGGAACAUUUAACUGAUGAAGAGGCUGUUCAAAUCAUAUUAAGAAGUCCAAGAACAGGGAUAGCAAAACGAUUGGUGAGAGCUGCAGUGGAAGAGGCUGCAAAGAAAAGAGAAAUGAGAUAUGAGGACUUAAAGAGAAUUGAGAAAGGUCAAAGGCGCCAUUUCCAUGAUGAUAUUACAGUGAUCGUUCUGUACCUCGAUCAUUCACGAGGUUCUCUAGAUGGUAGCUCAAGACAUCGAGGAGUCUAUGAUUGUAUCAGUACUCCUGUUGAUAUCUUCUCUCUGAAUGCACAUGAAGCUGACCUGUUAACUGAAUAAGCUACUAGCACUUGCGUCGCGACUGCCUUUUACCUAGAAAUUGAUCGCACAUAAAAUGAUAGGUACGGGUUAGAAAUUUCAAUAAUUAACGGUAGACGUUGUAAAUGUGAUGUAAACUGGCAAUUGCAGAUUGACGUUUGCUUACAAUGUGGUGAUGCAGAAGAGUUGGGCAUCUUUCAUUUGUUGACGUUUGCUACGGACUUUUUUUUUUGGUAAACUGUUACGGACUUACAAUGGACUUAC